UACAGAUUAAUGAUGUUACAUCAGCAACUAGUACUUGUCUUUGGAAUAUCUCUAGCUAGAGAUAUCUAUGCAUCUAGAAGCUGUUAUUCAGAAGGCCAGAUUUCCCUGUAUCAUUUCUGCAACCUCACUGAUGUUCCAUUUGUGCCAAAGGAUACUGUGAAGCUUUUGCUAAGUUUCAACUACAUCACACAAGUGAAUGCAACUUCAUUCCCACUGCUAGAGCACUUGUUGCUGUUGGAAAUUGGAGCACAGUAUAUCUUUCCUGUUACCAUAGGAAAAGCAGCUUUCAGGAACCUGCCAAAUCUCCGUGUCUUAGAUUUAGGUUCCAAUAAGAUUCUUCAACUGGAUCUUGAUGCUUUUGUGGCUCUGCCAAAUCUGACUGUACUCCGACUGUUCUACAAUAAUCUGGGAAACUCCAUCCUGACAGAACGCUACUUUCAAGAUUUGAGGUCCUUAGAAGAAUUGGAUCUUUUGGGGAACCAAAUCACAAAACUUCAUCCUCAUCCCUUAUUUUGUAACCUAACGGUCUUGAAAAGUGUGAACCUGAAAUUCAACAAGAUAUCCGACCUGUGUGAAAGCAAUCUCACAAGCUUCCAAGGAAAAACAUUUUUAUUUUUUAACCUCAAUUCUAAUAUGUUAUAUCUUACAAGUCAAAUGGCCUGGGCCAAAUGCCCAAAUCCUUUCAGAAACAUUACAUUGAACUCACUGGAUCUUGGUUUCAGUGGUUGGAGCACAGAGGAAGUACAGUAUUUCUGUACAGCCAUAAAAGGGACUCAAAUCAGUUCUUUAAAACUGAGUCCUCAUACAAUGGGUUCAGGAUUUGGCUUUGAUAACUUAAAAAAUCCAGAUGAAAAUACAUUUACAGGUCUAGCAGGAAGUGGUGUUCGCUUGCUUGACAUCUCACAUGGUUACAUUUUCUCUCUCAAUUCUUUAAUAUUUCAAAGCCUUCGUAAUUUGGAAAUUUUAAACCUUUACAGAAACAAGAUAAAUCAGAUCCAAAGGCGAGCAUUUUAUGGCUUGGAAAACCUAAAAACUCUCAAUCUCUCAGAUAAUCUCUUAGGUGAGUUGUAUGAUUAUACUUUUGAGGAUCUGCGUAGUGUAAUGUACAUUGAUUUACAGCAAAACCAUAUUGGGAUGAUUGGUCAAAACUCAUUCAGUAGUUUAGUAAAUCUGGAAAUAAUUGAUCUUCGAGACAAUGCCAUUAAAAAUCUACCUUCUUUUCCAAGUCUGACCACUGCUUUUUUAGGUGACAAUAAGCUAAUGUCUGUAGCAGACAGUGCAAUAGUUGCAACAUAUCUUGAUUUAGAAAGAAAUUGGUUGACAAACCUGGGUGAUCUGUAUAUUCUUUACCAAGUUCCAGGCUUGCAGUAUAUCUUCUUAAAACAGAAUCGCUUUUCUUACUGUGUGAAAAGAGCAAAUGUUAUAGAAAACAAUCAGAUAAUCUAUAUAGAUCUAGGAGAAAAUAUGCUACAGCUUGUGUGGGAGAGACAUGUGUGUUUGGAUGUGUUCAGGGCACUCUCCAAACUGCAGGUUCUACAUCUGAAUAACAAUUACCUCAGUGCUCUUCCACAAGAGGCUUUUAGAGGUCUAACAUCUCUAAGGAGACUUAAUCUAGCUUCCAAUCUAUUGUCUCAUCUGUCUCCUGGGGUUUUUCCACAAAGCCUAAAAAUCCUAAACUUGACUGGAAACCAGCUUUUCUCCCCUGAGCCUGAAGUCUUUAUGACUUUGAGUAUCCUGGAUAUAACACACAAUAACUAUGUCUGUGAUUGUACUUUGAAGAACCUUUUACUGUGGCUGAAUGAAACCAAUGUCACCCUUGCUGGCUCAGACGCUGACAGGUACUGUGUGUACCCACCUGCUUUUGCUCGGGUUCCUCUCUCUUCUCUGCUCUAUGAUGGUUGCGAGGAAGAUGAACUCCAGCAGUCUCUCAGGCUCUCAGUAUUCAUCUUCACCUCUGUCACCCUGGUAAUGUUUCAGAUGGCAGUCAUCAUUUUUACUCGCUGUCGGGGGAUUUGUUUUGUCUGGUAUAAAACUGUCACAAGAACUUUGAUAGACAGCCAUCAACAAGCAACUGACACAAGUGAGUAUAGAUACGAUGCAUAUUUGUGCUACAGCAGAAAUGACUUUGAAUGGGUCCAGCAUGCUUUACUUAAACGCCUGGAUGCACAGUAUUUUGGCAAAAACAGAUUUACUUUGUGCUUUGAGGAAAGAGAUUUCUUGCCUGGAGAAGACCAUAUCAACAAUAUUCGUGAUGCCAUUUGGAACAGCAGGAAAACAAUUUGCAUUGUGACAAGGCAGUUUCUCAAAGAUGGGUGGUGUGUGGAAGCCUUUAAUUUUGCCCAGAGCAGGUACUUUUCUGAUCUCAAAGAUGUCCUUAUCAUGGUAGUGGUUGGGUCGCUGUCCCAGUAUCAACUGAGGAAACACAAGCCAAUUCGAAACUUCCUGCAAAGGAGUCGGUAUUUGCGGUGGCCUGAAGACUAUCAAGAUGUAGAUUGGUUUUUAGAUAGCCUUUCCAGCCAAAUUAUGAAAGAAAAAAAAGUGCAAAGGAAAGCCAGUGAUAUAGAGCUGCAGGCUGUAGCAGCAGUCUCCCGCUGA